AGGACGUCAGAGGGAGACGGUAUGCAGCCUGCCACAGCCUACAAAUGUGUGUGGGGUGCAGGAUGUAAAUAAAACGUUGUUUCCGUGUCUUUUCCCUCCGCUUGCCUCUGGAUAUGGGGCUUGGAUAGAACAGGCUAAUACCUACAUAAAUGUGGGAUAGAGGAAAAUCCCCAAAUUAUAUUCUAUACAGCCUAUGAGAGUGAUUUAACUCUCAUUCAAACGGGAAAAGGGAGUGUUUGUGUGGUUUUAACGAAGCGUAAACUCCUUGCUGUGGGAGCAGAGGGAGGACACGGAGGAAAAAAAGACGUGAGCGAGAAGAAGGGUGAGGACCGGGAGCCCUGGAAAGCUCUUCGCCGGCUUCCGGACAUUCAGGGGCGGCAUCAAGGCUGCAGUCGUCGCUAAACUGGAGCGUCGAACAUCCCCGAUACUGGAUUGGAAUAUUUAAAUUAUCUCGUAAAGCCUCGCCGUAUAUUUGGCGUUUAUCAUGUCCAGAAAAGUCCAAAGGAGCGAGGUGUGUGCCGACUGCAGUGCGCCAGAUCCGGGAUGGAGCAGUAUAAACAGGGGCGUGCUGAUCUGUGAUGAGUGCUGUUCUGUGCAUCGAAGCUUGGGACGCCACAUCUCCAUCGUCAAGCAUCUGCGCCACAGCGGCUGGCCCCCUUCUUUACUACAGAUGGUCCAGACUCUAGCCAGUAAUGGUGCUAACUCCAUUUGGGAGCACUCCCUACUGGACCCUGCGCAGGUUCAGAGUGGUCGCAGGAAACCUAAUCCACAAGAUAAAGUGCACCCCACCAAGUCUGAGUUUAUUCGUGCAAAGUAUCAGAUGCUUGCCUUCGUUCACAAGCUGCCCUGCCGUGAUGAUGAUGGGGUCACCACCAAGGACCUCAGCAAGCAACUGCAUUCGAGUGUGCGAACUGGGAGUCUGGAGACAUGUCUGCGUCUGUUGUCUCUCGGUGCUCAGGCCAACUUCUUUCACCCCGAAAAAGGCACUACCCCUCUGCAUGUGGCCGCUAAGGCAGGACAGGUCCUGCAGGCUGAACUGCUUGUAGUAUAUGGAGCUGACCCUGGAGCACCAGACAUCAACGGCCGCACACCCAUGGAUUAUGCAAGGCAAGCAGGACAGGUGGAGUUAGCUGAGCGCCUGGUGGAAUGUCAGUACGAGCUUACAGACAGACUGGCCUUCUACCUGUGUGGCCGACGCCCAGAUCACAAGAAUGGACAUUAUAUCAUCCCUCAAAUGGCUGACAGAGCUCGCCCUAAGUGCCCAACGCAGAGCCUGGACCUGUCUGAACUGGCCAAGGCCGCCAAGAAGAAGCUGCAAGCGCUCAAUAACCGUUUGUUCGAGGAGCUGGCCAUGGACGUGUACGAUGAGGUGGACCGCAGGGAGAAUGAUGCAGUUUGGCUAACAACUCAGAACCACAGCACUCUUGUUACCGAAAGGAGUGCAGUCCCCUUUUUGCCAGUCAACCCUGAAUACUCAGCUACACGCAACCAGGGUCGACAGAAGUUGGCUCGUUUUAAUGCACGAGAGUUUGCCACCCUCAUCAUCGACAUCCUCAGUGACGCCAAACGAAGGCAGCAAGGCAAAGGACUGACGAGUCCCACUGAGCCUCUGGAUGUGGGCCAGGCGGACGAUGACCAACAUGACUAUGACAGCGUAGCUUCUGACGAGGACACAGACAGUGAGCUGACCACACAGAACAACACUAACGCCCAGCGCAACAACCGUGCCAAGAGCAUGGACUCGUCUGACCUGUCGGAUGGACCCAUCACACUGCAGGAGUAUCUUGAAGUGAAGAAAGCCCUGGCUUCCUCAGAGGCCAAAGUCCAGCAGCUCAUGAAGGUCAACAACAACCUGAGUGAAGAGCUUAGGAGGCUUCAGAAAGAGAUCACGCGGAUGCAGACGGAGAACAUAUCGCUGCGGGGGGCCCAGGCUGGGGCAACGGGAGCUUUAUCUGGGGGCGGCGGUGUGCCUCUGUGGCCUAGCGGGGUGAGGGGUGUGGCGGGGGGAGGCGGAGGAUCAGUCAGUGGGGAUUCGGGCCUGGCCCCGCCCUCCUCAACCCCGCUCCGCAGGGACAGACAGGCCUUUUCUAUGUACGAGCCUGGAGCCGCCGCCCCCAAAACCCUCGCCCCAGCGCUGGACUCCCUGACCGGCCACCUGCAGCCCCUCGGCCUCAGCAUGCGAAAAGGGGGUCCUGCAGGCCCCACACCCUAUGGAGGACCACACCUCUCAGCCUCUAUGGAGGUGGGCCGAUAUAUGGCUCCAAAGACAGAGAAACAUGGAAGCGGCACGGAUAGUGAUUAUGACAAUACUCAAACGUAUGACGGCUCACUUGGUGUGGGACGUAGCAGCGAAGAUGACAGCCGAGGAGAGGUAGAGGAAAGCGGUGAUGGUGGGGAGCCAGACCCCACCCUCCCUUGCACAGAAGAUGUCAUCUUGAAGACAGAGCAGGUCACCAAGAACAUUCAGGAACUGCUGAGAGCGGCACAGGAGUUCAAACAUGACAGUUUUGUGCCAUGCUCAGAGAAGAUCCAUUUAGCUGUGACAGAGAUGGCCUCUCUUUUUCCAAAGAGGCCGGCGCUGGACGCUGUUCGCUCUUCUCUGAGGCUGCUGGCAGCAAGCGCCUCUCGGCUACAGGUGGAGUGCCGCAAGGCAGCGCCUCCUGAACCAUCAGCCAGCACAGUGGACUACCAGCUCCUCACCCAGCAGGUCAUCCAGUGCGCUUAUGACAUUGCCAAGGCCGCCAAACAGCUGGUCACCAUCACCACCCGCGAGAAGAAGCAGUGACCCAGUGGAUGAGCAGGACGUGUACUUAAUGAGAGACAGGCAUGGGCACGCACUACAGAAACGGGAAAGGAGUUGGCAUACUGGUGGUUAAAAAAAAAAAGAAAAAAAAAGACUAGAAGCAAACAGAGGGCGCUGCUGUGAAAUUCUGAAUGAAAAGAGCAAUGGAAACAAAGCACAUGGAUGUUGAAUGUAGGGAAAGAUGAAUGAAAUGAAAGAAAGCAUGAAAGGAAUAGUGGCAAAAAGACAGCGAACGGAAAAGGAGAAAGAAAGAAAGCUUCAAGCAGCCGUCACCACCAAUAUGAGGAGAGAGGGUGGCUUGGUGAAAGGCCCAUUUUCGGAGCGGCAAAUCAUCUCACUCCAUCUCUGACUUUUCUUCUGUUAUUGGGAUCUUUCUUUACCUACACUACCUUCCUUCACUCAAAUACUCCUUCCAUUCUCACAUCCUACUCACACACAAAUACGAAUACACACUCUUAUACAUACCUACACACACAGGUCGGUGCUUGUGGCCUUAUAACACACUCACUGCUGCUCCUCUGGUUCUCUUUCACAUUCACAUGCUCAUUCAACACUAGCGCACACACGCACACACACAAACAAACAAGUGUAUACAGCACACUCUCAGCCUAGUCCGGGAGAACCAGAUCACAGCCUCUAGCACCUAUAUGUGUAUUUUUCUCCCCACUUGUCUUUUGCCUUUUUUCUCCUCACUUUCUCAUCCUUUAUUUUUUUUUUCCUUUUUAAAGUUCUUACUCUUCCUUCUUGUUCCAUCUUCAUUGUUUUUUCUUGAAUGCCACUCCACUGGCCCAUAUCUCUCGGGACAAAUGCUCAGACUUAAAAACAAAACACUUACACUGGAAUUUAUUGUAAUGAUUAUGACUAUAGUUUUGUAUUAAUGUUAUGAUUAUCAGUGUCAUUGAUGGUUUCUUCUGCCUUUUGUUAAUUAUGUUCUUUUUUUUUUUGUUUGUUUUGUUGUUUAUGUAUGUUAUGUUAUUUCAUUUAUCUUAUGGGUCAUGAAAUGGGGGAGUGUUUUUGAAUGGGACACUCAGCCCUUACAGUUUUGGAGGAGUUGACAAAUCUGUGAGUCUUCAUGACAUUUUGAGUACAGAACACACCUGUACUCUAGGGGAACAUGUUAGGAUCACUACAUGUGUCACUAUGUGUACAAAUCCCUUGCGUUCAUCAUAGCCAAAGGAAAAUGAGGGGUAUAUGGGGAACACUGUAGCGAUUACCCUCUCCUUUUGAGCACAAAGACAGCGUCAAAUGACACCAUUGACUGAGAAAACCGUGUACAGCGAUGUAAGAAGGUAAGUUAGCCUCUCAUCCAGAUGAGGAGACGGAUCAAUUCAUCCAUCUCAUCACUGUUCCUCCAUAGUGGCUCUUUCACUACAUCCUCAGAAGCAAAUUGCUCCACUUUGGUUGGACGGAUUCCCUCCCAGCUCUUCUUGCAUCUUACUUUCUUUGAGAGCAUCAAAUCAACGUCCUUAGUAGUGUAGUGUGGUAGGGAACUGCGGUUUUUGAACCCUUCUUUUCUGGACCAGAUUUGUUGUUUUUCUUCUCUGAGAAUAUCAGGUUUUUAUAGUAUGUCUCAUGUUUUCUUUUUUUUUUUUUUUUUUUUUCGUUUUUCUUUUGUUUUUACUUUAUCGGAAAGCAUGUGUAUUUACUGUCAAUGUAACAAGACCCUUACGUUUAUAUAAGCUACAAGGAAGUGAAUGUUGCCGGUUGAAGACCAUCACCAUCAACGUUCUCCUCCAAGGCACUUCAGCAGGUUACAGUAAUGGGAAAAAACUGAGCUGCUGUUCUGUGUAAAGCUCUCCCAUAGUGGAUCCAGGACCAGUGAAGCCAGUGUGGGUGAAACUGUAGCGGGGGCAGCAGCGGGGGACUGCAGGAUACUUCUGAACAGCUCUUAGCACAGCCCACUGAUUUUAACAGAGAAGUAGCCUGCUUUUAAUGAUGUUUGUGGGGGUGGUGAUGAACUGAAGAGCUGUGAUAGCGUGGACAAGCUGAGCACUACUUAAUCUAAACACCAUGUUCAUCAGCCUGACGUUUCAUUUAUUUAGACAGCCAGAGGCCACAAGUUGUUCACACAGUCCUGUCUGAAAAAAAUGGAAUGGAAAUGCUUCCGUUUGGACUACAUUCACAUUUCAAAUGAAAUGUCUAGCCCUUACUGUCUACACAUGUGGUUCUUAAACCAGUCCUCAGGGCCUUCCAGUUGGUCCACAUUAUGAGAACCACCAACCUACACUUGUCUAGUCACAACAGCUUCACUCACAUGUGUCAUCAGUGCUAUUUUAGUGUUAAACCGAUGCUUUCAUAUGUUUCCGUUGCUACAGCAUAAGCCUUAAAGUUCCUCAGUUGCCAUUAUUUUUACCUUGGUUAUUUCUUACAUUGUUAAUUUAUCCCAUGUCAACUUUAUCCACUACAGACACUUGCCUUUUUUGCAUUGAGGGAAAUGAGAUGAUACAUUUCCCUUCAAAAUGUGUCAAAAAGAUCUGAGAGAAUCUGUGAUCAUUGCCUUUGCACAUCUCUACCAGACUGAUUCUCUGUAGCAUCUGUUGUCUUGAUAGUUGCCAUUUCUUCCAUCUUCUUUGACCUCUCACUCUGUGUAGCACAAGUUCUAAGGUAAAAUAGCCUCUUUGCAGGGCUUAAUGGUGUUGUUAAAUGGUGGUUCUUGGGAGAUGUUUUACCCAGUUGUUUAUUUUUGUGACCGUUGUUAUACAUUGGGAGAACCCAAGAGGUUAUAGCACCAAACUGAGAGAAGAGGAGAGAUGGGGAUGUAGGCCUUAAGCCUGUGUUGGGAGAGCAGGAGCCUUUGCACGUACCGACUUCAUGAUCUAUCCAGCACAAUGUUGGGCUCCUUUGGUUGUAAAUUGUAGAAGCUUAAUGUCUGCCUUUGUCCCAUGCAGCCUCAUGCCAUCAAGCAGUCAAUGCACACAUGAACCAAGUUUUCACAUUCACACAGACAUGCACACAGACGAGCAUCCACGACCUACUCUUGCGUAGUCUCUUCUUCAGUUCAGUCCAACUCACUGCACUGUACUUGUAAUGACUGUUCUGAGAUUGCUGAUGGGAGAAUUUCUUUUAGAGUUAAACUGUAUAAAAUAAACAACUAAGCAAAAACGGCGGAAUCAUAAUAGAAACUCGUAAACUGUACAUUUGUAAUAAAGACAGAAAAAGUUAA